UUUUCACCAAAAAGCUUUUCCAUCCUGCUUUCAGGAUGGGCAUGUCAAGGGUGUGCCCAGUGUGCAGUUUCCGUCUUUUUGGCUUUUCUUUCUUUAGCUUCUUCUUUGCCUUUCUUCUCCAAAGCACCACAGGAAGGGAGCUAAGGUCCGUGAUUGCAGUUUUCCGACAUGGCGACAGAAGUCCAAUUUCAACUUUUCCAACAAAUGUGGUCAAGGAAGAUGCUUGGACACAAGGAUACGGACAACUCACUAAGCUUGGAAUGCAGCAGCAAUAUGAGCUUGGCCAAUUCAUAAAAAAGAGAUAUGGGCAUCUCUUAAGUGAUGAAUACAAACACCAUGAGGUUUAUGUCCAAAGUACAGAUUACGAUCGAACCAUUAUGAGCGCCCAAGCCAAUCUAGCAGGGCUCUUUCCUCCUAGAGGCAGGCAAAUCUGGAACCCUAAACUUCUCUGGCAACCUGUCCCAGUUCACACAAGGCCUCUAUCCGAUGAAACGUUGUUAUUAUAUCCCACCCGUGAUUGUAAACGUUUUCUUCUACUUCUAAAAGAAACCAUGGGAACAAAACAAGUCCAGGCUGAACUGCAGUCAUAUAUGAAAUUUCUAAAUAGAAUGGCAAGUAACAUGGGAUAUGACAUAAAGACUCUUCUGGAUUUUACCAAUCAAAAACUGUGGAAUGCAUAUGAUGCUUUAUUAGUUCAGAAAAUUCACAAACUACCUGUACCCUACUGGGCUGGUGCACAUGCCAUGGCCAGGCUGCAAAAGCUAUUGGCAUAUGCUGUCAAUGGCAUGUUUGGGAUACACAAAAGGGAAGAAAAAGCGAGGAUGCAAGGAGGUGUAUUGGUGAAAGCUAUUCUGGAAAAGUUUCUGAAUGUUACAAAAUUAAAUCGCAAAAUCAAACUGACCAUGUUUUCCGCACAUGAUAUGACUUUAGUUGCCCUCCAGGUAGCUCUUGAUGUUUUCAAUCUACAGCUGCCUCCCUAUGCCGCUUGCCACUUUUUUGAACUCUAUAAGGAAGUGGGUGGUGAGCACACCAUUGAGAUGUACUAUCGGAACAGCAGCACAGUCGACCCCCAUCCUCUGAUUCUGCCAGGCUGUUCUCACGCUUGUCCACUGAAGAAAUUUGAAGAUCUAGUUGCUCCGGUCCUAGCACAUAAUGCGGAAGAAUCAUGUAAUAUGUAGAAUGACUUUGCAAAUGACAGAUGUGUGUUCUAAAUGCGGACAGUGCUGCUGAAUGAAACAGAGUGGCGAAAUAAAACACCAGAAUCACUAGAUGGUGCUUUCACACAAUAAAACUGUCCUCUCCCCAGUGACUAUUCCUAAUGAGAAAAAAAUGUGAAAAUCAGAGGGUGUGUGUGCAAUAAAUAUUCCUUAAAAACAGCCUAACUGCCUCAUCAUUUUUAA